UUCCCAUCCAAGAAAUUACAUCUCACGGCAUUCAUGAGACCAGUCUCUCUACACACCGGUGCUUGGCGGUAUCCCGGCUCUUAUCCUGAUGCGAAUUUCAAUCUUGCUCACCUCAAGUCCUUUAUCAAGAAGCUUGAAGCAGCCAAAUUCGAUGCAUUCUUUAUGGCCGAUCACCUCGCUGUGCUCAACAUGCCUGUUGAAGCACUGAAGCGCAGUCAUACUGUAACUUCUUUCGAGCCAUUCACGUUGCUCUCGGCUCUUUCACAAGUCACAGAGAAGAUCGGACUUGCAGCGACAGCAUCAACCACUUAUGAUGAGCCAUACCAUAUUGCACGCCGUUUUGCCUCUCUGGACCACCUGAGUAAUGGCAGAGCAGCUUGGAAUAUUGUCACUACAGGAAACCCAGAAUCGGCCAAGAAUUUCGGUCAGGAUGAGCAUAUGCAGCAUGGUGACCGUUACAAGCGUGCUCGCGAGUUUUACGAUGUGGUAACUGGGUUGUGGGAUAGCUUCGCUGAUGAUGCUUUUGUUCGAGACCAGAAGAGUGGCACUUUCUUGGAUCCAGUGAAGAUGCAUGUCCUGAACCACAAGGGCGAUGAGUUGCAGGUGAAGGGGCCGCUGAAUAUUGCUCGACCAGUUCAGGGUUGGCCGGUUAUCGUUCAAGCUGGUCAGUCAGAUCCUGGGAGACAGCUGGCAGCGGAAACAGCAGAGGCUGUAUUCUGCUCACCAAAAGAUUUGGAAUCAGCAAAAGCACUGUAUGCAGAUAUCAAAGGGCGUGCAGAGACUGCUGGUAGAGAUCGGAAUCAUCUGAAGAUUCUACCAGCAGCGUUCAUUGUCAUAGGUGACUCGAUUGAAGAAGCGGUGAAUAAACGCCUUCAGCUUGACAGUUUGGUGCACUAUGAUAGUGCCAUCUCGUCGUUGUCUAUAGCGCUCGGUACUGAUGCAUCUGGAUUUGAGCCAGAUGGGCCAUUACCAAAAGACCUACCGGAAACGAAUGCAAGCAAGACUAGUCGUGCGGCAGUUUUAAGGCUGACAGAGGAAGGACUGACGGUCAGACAGCUUGCUCAGCGCUACGGUGGCUAUGCUGGCCUGGCAUUCGUGGGGACUCCGGAAAGUAUUGCUGAUGAUAUGGAGAAGUGGUUGAGUGAAGAGGCGUGUGAUGGUUUUACGAUCGCUCUGCCGUUCCUUCCUCAGGGAUUGGACGAUGUGACGGAGAGGUUGGUGCCAGAGCUGCAGAAGCGGGGAAUCUUUCGAGAGGAGUAUGAGGGGAGUACGUUGAGGGAACAUUUGGGGCUUCCAAGGCCGAAGAACCAAUUCUUCUGA